ACCAAAGAAUAAGAAAAAUAAGAAGAAUCUACACUUUUCCACACUCCAGUAUGGUAAAUGGCGGUAAUCUUAACGUUGGAUGCGUCUAGCCUACCAGAAAUCUCAAAAGUAUAAAAGGUUUCGACAGUGGACCAGGAAGCUUGAUGCCAACAGCUGUAGAAGAAUCAUUUAAACGCGCUCACUGAACAGGCAUACAAGUUAUUACGGAGUUCAUUGCCACUCAUCUCAUGCGACGUUUAAUUUUUAUAAUAUAUUAUGUUGCUGUCUUUUCAUUUAUACAUGCCAACUGCUAGCAAUUGAACCCUUAAUGAAAAUGUUCCUUAACUGCAUCAGAAGGCGUCUCUGGUUUUUAAGCGAAAAGCUUCCUCGGUUUCGGCUGAAUAUAUCUAGGUACAAUACUCGUGAUGACAGCUAUGACAAAACCAGCCUUCUAAUGCAACUUUGUGCUGACCGUUAUUACAUUUCUCCUGAAGCUUUCCACACUAGAACCUGUACAUAUGGGCCUUUAGGAACAGAACUGAAGAAAAACAUUAUUGAACAGUGGACUUCAGCAGUACGUUCAAGAGCAUUUGUGUUUGGGAUCACUACUUCCGUGCAAAGUACGUGUGAGGAAUCUCUCAGGAUGGUUAAUAUAGGGGCUUUUCAAGAAAUCUUCAACCAAGAAAGUUUAAGUAAAAAAGAAGCACAUCAAAAGAUUGAAACACUUAUGAAAGACAGUGUGUCUGUUAGGACGAGUCUCCUGCAGGGUGCUCUGAAGCAGUAUAUUCAGGCUUUGGGGCUUGUGAAUAGGACAUUGCCCUUUGGAUUGGCAGAGACAGGUCUGUGCCAUCAUUCUGAUAGUCAGCUAGGACAUUCAUCUGGUUGCUCAUUUGAGGUUACUAAGUCAUCUUUAGUCUGGUUCUGUUCCCCUCGGACUUCUUCACAGUGGAUGGACUACUGGGCUCAUCAAAGACUGCAGUGGUGGAGGAAGUUUGCUUUAGGUCCUUCUGACUUUGAAAUGUGCAAUGUGGGGGAUGAGGAACUGAAAGAAGGGACAUCUCAUGGUGUUAAAGUCCUCUAUAAGUUCCCCUGGGGCUCAGAGACCCUGGAGACACUGUGGAGCCUGGGGGACACCCUACUGCUGAAGACUCACCAAGGAACUUGUAAAAAACUACAGUGCAGAGAUGGAAGAAAGUCUGUAGUUCCUCAUGUCAUCUCUAUCAGUGCAAAUGUGGAUAGAGGGAUGCUGGCUUACCUAUAUAACUCAUUUCAAUUGCUGAAGAAACCCGACAACAAACAAAAGCUUCAUCAGAGGAUGGUUUUGAAGCUGCAUCCCACUUUAACUCCUGUGAAAGUAGGCUUGGAUAUGGGACGAGGCUCCAGUUCUGAGCUUAGACAGGUUUGUGAUGGUUUGUUCCAAGAGUUUCUUGAAGCUGGAAUUUCCACAUGGCCUGGAUACAUGGACACAAUGUCAUUAUCUCUGGAGAAUUUACACGCAAAGUAUGAUGAGAUGGGUGUCCUUUUCACAGUGAUGGUUAGUGAAACCACACUAAAAGGUGGCCUUCUGCUGGUCCGUAACAGAGACACCACCAUCAGAGAGACUAUGCACAUCUCAGAAAUCAAAUUAUUUCUCCUCAAAUAUAUGUCUGCCUCAGAGAAUUUCUGACUUUUAUUAUUUUAAUCUCAUAUUGCAAUGUGGUGAUAUGAUAAUUGUGUCAGAAAUUAUGUAACUCUUACAAAAUUGUUACUCUGCUUAUAUAAAAUGCUAUUUGUAUUCCAUUUGUAAAAUAAAUAAAAAAAUUAAUAAAUUUGAGAAAAAAAAAA